UGGUAUCGCAUAGGAGUCAUGGACUGAUUUGUAUUUCGAAUGAAUAUCAAUGGAUUCUAUAAAAAAUUUGUCUUUGUUGAAAUCAUCUUUAACCUCAUUGAAACGAGGGAAACUGUUGCACCAGAAGAUUGUUACUUUAGGGUUACAAAGCAACAUUAACUUAUCCAAGAAUCUAAUUAAUUUAUACAUAUCUUGCGAAGAAAUCCAUUCCGCUGAAUUGGUUUUUCAAAAUCUUGAAAAACCUCUUGAUAUCACUUUGUGGAAUGGUCUCAUUGCUUCUUACACUAAGAACCAAUUGUUCAAUGAAGCUCUUGACCUCUUUGACAAGCUGUUGCAAUUCCCAUAUCUUAAACCUGAUAGUUACACCUUUCCUAGUGUACUCAAGGCUUGCAGUGGUUUAGGAAAUCUCCGAUAUGUUCAAAUGAUACAUGCUCAUUUGAUUAAAACUGGGCUUUUAUUAGAUGUUGUUGUGACAAGUUCAGCGAUUGGUUUGUAUGCCAAAUGUGACUUGUUCGCUUCUGCUAUACAACUGUUUGAUGAAAUGCCUGAAAGAGAAAUUGCGUGUUGGAAUACUGUCAUUUCGUGCUACUAUCAAAAUGGGCAAUUUCAUAAAGCCCUUCAAUUCUUUGACAAAAUGAAAGAUUUGAGAUAUAUGCCUAAUUCGGUUACCUACACAGCUGCAAUCUCAUCAUGUGCGAGGCUUUUAGACAUUGAAAGAGGGGAGACAAUUCAUCGCGAAUUAGUAGAUAAUAAAUUUCUGUUGGAUGGUUUUGUAAGUGCUGCUCUUGUUGACAUGUAUGGGAAAUGUGGCCUCUUAGAGAAGGCUAAAGAGAUUUUUGAGCAAAUCCCUGCCAAGAGUUUGGUUUCUUGGAAUUCCAUGAUAUCUGGUUACAGCUUGAGAGGCGAUAGCAAAUCAUGCAUUCAGCUUUUACAAAGGAUGAGCAAAGAAAACAUGAAACCCUCUUCUGUGACUUUAAGUAGCUUACUAAUGGCGUGCUCUAAAUCUACUGAACUGCAGCACGGGAAGUUUUUUCAUGCAUAUAUAAUUCGAAAUAACAUAAGAUCUGAUGUCUUUCUUAGUGCUUCACUUGUUGACUUAUAUUUCAAAUGUGGUAGAGUUGAGACUGCAUGAAACAUCUUCAGUAUGAUGGCAAAGAACAAUGUGGAAGCAUGGAAUGUAAUGAUUUCUGGACAUGUGUCAGCUGGCUACUACUUGGAGGCACUUGCCAUUUAUAAUGACAUGAAGUUGGCAGGGAUAAAGCCUGAUGCAAUCACUUUGACUAGUGCCUUGGUAUCUUGUUCACAGUUGGGUGCCUUAGAACAUGGCAAGGAGAUUCACAAGUGUAUCAUUGAUUGUAAGUUGGAAUCCAAUGAAAUUGUUAUGGGGUCGCUGCUUGAUAUGUAUGCUAAAUGUGGUGCAGUAAGUGAAGCUAUUGAAGUCUUUGAUGAGUUGCCUGAGAGAGAUCUGGUAUCAUGGACUACAAUGAUUGCAGCAUAUGGAUCUCAUGGUCAAGCUUUUGAAGCGCUAAAACUCUUUAAUGGAAUGCUGCAUUCUAAUGUAAAACCUGAUAGAGUUGCAUUUCUUGCAGUAAUUUCUGCAUGUGCUCAUGCAGGAUUAGUGGAUGAAGGUUACCAGUAUUUUAAUUUAAUGGUCAGUGGCGAUGGCAUUCAACCGUCAGCUGAAGAGUACUCAUGUCUAAUUGACCUUCUUGGACGUGCUGGAAGAUUGCGUGAAGCCUAUGCGAUUCUGCAGAGCAACUCGGACACCAGGGAGGAUGUUGAGUUGUUAAGCGCAUUAGUUUCUGCAUGCCAUUUGCAUGGGGAGUUGGAGAUUGGAGAAGAAAUUGCAAAGAUGCUUACUCAAAAGAAUAUUGAUGAUCCAUCCACUUAUGUUGUUUUAGACAAAAUAUAUGCUUCACAGAACAAAUGGAAUGAGGUACGCAAGUUUAGACUGAAGAUGAAGGAGCUUGGGUUGAGGAAGAAACCUGGAUGUAGUUGGAUUGAAGUAGACAAGAGGAUUCAAACAUUCCUGGCAGAUGAUAAAUAUUUCCUGCUAGUAGACGAUGUUUAUCAAUGUCUAUCUUUAAUAAAUAGUGACAUGGAAACCUGUGAAUGCUUAAGCAUUGAUAGCAAGGGAGAUGAUUACUACUCAAAGCCAACUACUUGACCAAAUCAAUCACCUUGCUCAUAGACAUAACUUUGUUUUUCCAUAAAACGACAAUCAUAUUUCUGCCUCUCACUGACAAAAUGAUCAGGAUGACCAUUUUGAGUCUCUUAUGGAGCUUCACCUCAUAGUGGAUAAGAGCAAGAUCCUUCACAUUCAAAUUGACAGUUUUGAAAUAUUUAAGGAAAGACUUUAUUUUUGUAGCUUUAUGUGUACGUUCGUAAGAAUGCUGUGUUGAUAUUGUUACCAUCCUAUAAUUGCAUAGGUUGGACUCGUGAGAGACAUCACUUCCACAUGAGUGGACAGUUAGGAUGUCUUGCUCGCAAGGUUCAGUUCUUAGAGUUGAGUUUGGAAUGAUGCUAUUAACAGCCGGAUAUGUGUCAGCUUCUACAUGGAGGCUCUUGAUGCAUACUACCAUGAAGGUGGCUGGGGUAAAACAAUGUGCAAGUGUCUUGAGAUCUUAUUCACAGUUGGCACCUAAAAACUGUACUAGGACAUCCACAAGUUUAUAUGGACAUUAAGUUGGAAUAUUGCCUAUACUUUGGUGAAAUAAAAUUCAGAGUUUAUAAAAUUGUUGAGGGGGUACUGCAUAUAUCUAUGCCAUAUGUGGUGCUGUAUACAAAAAAAAAAUCUCAUUCAGAGAUUUCUGUUGAAAUUUGUAUCUUGAAGCGCGGGCAGGUGAACGAUAUGUUAAAGAGUAAGGAGAAGUAGGAAGGAAGUGUAGACUAAGCAUCUGUGAUAUCGGAAACAUCAAGAGGCUCCCCGGUUCUCAGUCAGCCUUUCUUCACAACCUUUUGAUGUAUUAUAUGGAUGAAGAUGGACUAAAACUCAUGGCAUAUGGAUCUCAUCGUAAAUUUCUUUAAUGAAAUGCUGCUAAGUGUUAUCUAAUGUAAUUAUCUGUACGUCACUCUGGUUGUUAAUAUUUUAAUUUAAUUAAUGUGAAGUCUAUAGAUCAGUAAGAAAAUAUUAAUUUGUUAACAAAAUUAUUUCCUGUGUAUCAUUUGCAAAAGAAACUAAAGGUGGGAGAAAAUGUGUUUUAAGUGACACCACUAGAGAUGGAGAAAAUGUGUUUGGUAUGAAAGGAAAAUGUUUUCUA